UAGUGACAACAGGAUAAAAUAUGAAUAUAGCCUAGAGUGUAAGGGAGAUAACAAAAUUUCAUGUUACAAAUAUAGGAAUUCUCUUCAGUUUGAAACGCAUCCCAAUGACGUCAAUCUUCCAGUCAAAUUGACAUUUUAUAUUGAUAAUAAAAAGUAGUCAAGUGCGAGUACGAGUGUAGGAAAGUAUUAAAAUGAUAAAGUUAUAACUUGCAGUUAAAGAUUUUGAAGGAUUAUUUUGCUGUCUUAAAAGCAUUUCACCUUAGCGAUGGAUACAGUAGUAAAGGGAUUGCUUGAUGAAGAAGAGGAAGAGAAGAAGGGAUUAGUUAUUUUUGGUAGGGACGUAUCUAAAAUACCAUGCUUCAGAGAAAGUUUCUUGUAUGGUAUAUCUACUGGAGUUGGCGUGGGUUUAGCUGCCUUCAUAAAAACAUCGCGACCUAUGCUAUCUCAGCACAUAGGCUUCGGAACAUUUUCAAUGACUACCAUGGUAUACUGGUGUUACUGUAGGUAUGCUUGGUCUAAGCAACGAUUUGAUGCACAGCUUCUACAAGACGCAUUAAAAGAUAAAAUCAUGUAUGAAGGCACAGCAGUAGAAAGAGAACUGGAACAAAAAGGUGUAUUGAAAUCUGCAUAAGAAAAAUAUUCAAGAUUUUUAUUUUCUGUCCACUUAGCAAUAUGUAGGUAUGACAAUAAGUGAGUAAUCUAUGAUGUUAUUUAUCACAAAAUUCACAAAGAUGUAUAGUAUUUAUUGACCAGUAAAAGCCUUAGAGAUAAUAUUAAAUCAAUGUCAUGAUAGUACGAAAUAACAAAAGUGAGAAGCGGUGCACUAUGGGAGCCACGUUUAUCAUGGAUAAUUGUGGAGAAAUGUUUUUUUAACGCUGUCAUGUCAUUUUUAUACUUGUAUUGUCAACAGUAUAACAUAUUGAGUACUGGUAGGUCACUUAAUCUAAAAAAAAAAUAACCAACUAUGUCAAAGUACUUGUUGAAUGUACAGAAAAUAUAAUUUUGAGUACCCACAUAAUGUUUAUAAAGUACUUAUUCUGAUUUUAUGAAUUGAAUAUAUGUUAUUGUACAUAUAUAUACAGUGUAAUAUAAUAUAAAUAAUUAAUAUACUUACAGAUAAGCAUAACAAUU